GUGUUUUUGCUCAGAGGGAAAUGAAACCUUUCUGUGGCCGCAGAGGAAUAUCUACUCUUGGUCAUUACCAGCUGCCUCGGCUCACCACUCUGUUUCUGUCCCACCGAUGAGAACAUAAAGGUGCUGUAGAACUUACGACUAACAGCAAAUUCCUGGCAGGGAAGAGAGUUUAAAUAUUCAGAGAUGGGUUUUGGGGAGGACCUGUGGUGCCCCCAGGCACAUGCAGCUGUCAUGCGGCUGCUGGACUCAGAGCUUCACCUGAUGGAGGUCAUGAAGAAGUGGAUGGGUCAGCGGUCUAAGAGCGAGCGGGAGUUUUCAGUGCAGCUGCAUCACAUGGCUGCCAUUGUGGAGAAGCUGGACCGGCCUCAGCUCGGUGCAGGACUGGACUACAUCAGCCAGCUCAACAAGUCGUGGGGAGUGCUGGUCUCUCAGACGGACUUUCUGAGCCAGGUGAUGAAGAAGUGCUCCGAGGAUCUGCUGGACGGUCCCAUCAGCAAACUGACUCUGCUCAUCAGAGACAAACAGCAGCUCCGUAAAACCUACUCAGAGCAGUGGAACCUGCUGAAGCAGGAGCUCAACAAGGUGACCCAGACAGAGCUGGAGAAGCUGAAGAGCAGCUACAGACAGGCAGCCAGAGAUGCAGCUCAGGCUAAGAGGAAGUACCAGGAGGCCAAUAAAGAUAAAGAUCGAGACAAGGCUAAAGAACGCUACGUCAAGGCUUCACUGAAACUCUACGAGUUGCAUAAUGAGUAUGUGCUGUCUGUGCGAGCUGCUCAAGUUUACCAUCAGCACCACUACAGUCAGAUCCAGCCUGCCCUGCUCAGUGCACUACAGACUCUGCAGCAGGAGAUGGUGCUCAUACUAAAGGAGAUCCUGCAGGAGUAUUUCGACAUCUCCACUCUCCUCCAUUAUGAAGUGGUGCGGAUCCACAGGGAGAUGUCUUCUGCUCUAACUGUCAUCGAGCCUCACAGCGAAUAUGAGAGCUUCAUCCACCAGAACAGGUCUGUAGGGGAGAUUCCUGCUUGUGCAGAGUUUGAUUGCAGUCUUCUGGAGGACACUGAGCAGCUAAAACCCAGAGAGAUUGAACUUAACGAUCUCACGCUUGAGACAAUCCAGCACAAACUGACUGCAGUAGAGGAAGAGCUGCUGGAUCUGGCUAGGACAAUGAGCUCCCAGCAGACCUCGGUGGAACAGCUGGAGCUGGAGCUGGAGGCGGAGCAGGAAGGUGUCAAGAAGGGCCAGAGGGUCUACUUGUUCAGCAAGAGACAUGCAAUGGAGGAGUGCCGGCAGCAGGUUGCUCUGUCUCAGGGUAUGAGAGCCAAGCUGGAGGUUCAGAGGCUUCUUCUAAAGGAUAAACUGGACCAGCUGGGCUCCAAAGAACCUCCCUCUGCUCUGAGGCUGGACCCAGACUCUGUCUCACUUUCUUCCAGCAUAAGCAGUGACCACAGCCAGACCUCUUCUAAACUCCUCAUGGAGGGGAUCAUAAAUAAUCUGAGUGGCCUGUUUAAGUCCAAAUAUGAGGUGCUUCCGGUCCCCACCCCAGUGCACGAGGUGGAUCGUCCUCUGGGCCAGCAGGACUGGUACCAUGGAGCCAUUCCCAGACUUGAGGUCCAGCAGCUUCUAAAGAAUGAUGGAGACUUCUUGGUGAGGAAGAGUCAAGAGAAACAGGGUUAUGUGCUCUCUGUGCAGUGGGAUGGAUCCUGUAAGCAUUUCCUCAUUCAGAACCUGGAUAAUCUGUACCGUCUGGAUGGAGAAAGCUUUCAGAGUAUCCCGAUGCUGAUCUAUCAUUUACUAUCAUCACGACAACACAUCACCAAGAAGUCAGACAUAGUGCUAAAGAAACCUGUACUGAAGGACAAGUGGGUCCUUGAACAUGAUGAUAUUAUCUUGGGCCAUCUCAUUGGACGGGGUAACUUUGGAGAAGUGUACAAUGGUCGCUUACGCUCUGAUAACACUCCUGUAGCAGUAAAAUCCUGUAAAGAGAACCUGGCCCCGGAGCACAAGAGUAAGUUCCUGAUGGAAGCCAGGAUCCUGAAGCAGUACGACCAUCCUAACAUUGUGAAGCUGAUUGGAGUGUGCACUCAGAAACAGCCCAUCUACAUCAUCAUGGAGCUCAUUCAGGGUGGUGAUUUUCUCUCCUUCUUGCGGCAUGAAAGUCACAAUCUGGCGCCUAAGGUGUUGGUCAAAAUGACAGAAAAUGUAGCAUCUGGCAUGGAGUACCUGGAGAGCAAGAAGUGUAUCCACAGGGACCUGGCAGCGAGAAACUGUCUGGUUGCAGAGAACAACUUGGUGAAGAUCAGUGACUUUGGGAUGUCCCGUCAGCAAGAAGACGGUGUCUACUCAACAGAGGGCGGCCUCAGACAGAUCCCUGUCAAAUGGACGGCUCCUGAAGCCCUGAACUAUGGUCGUUAUACCACAGAGAGUGAUGUAUGGAGUUUUGGUGUCUUACUGUGGGAGACCUUCUCCAUGGGAAUGACACCCUACACGAGCAUGAACAACCAACAGACACGAGACGAGGUGGAGAAAGGAUACCGUAUGCCUGCUCCACAUGGCUGCCCCGUGGAAAUCUCCAGGAUUAUGAACAACUGCUGGCAAUACGAACCCAGAAACAGGCCGUCUUUCAAGAAACUUCGGGCUGAGCUCAGUGUCAUAUACAACAAAAUUACAUAACAGAAGCCUUUGGAUUUGACAUCUACUGUAGGCUACAUUAUAAUAAUUUUUUUUGUUCAGGAAAAAUGUUAAAAUCCAGUAUGAACAGUGAAACAGACCUCCAAGAAACAUGCAAAUUGAAAAGCAAAUGAAAAAUGGUUAAAAAAAAUAUUGAACAAACUUGGUCUUGUAAAAUGUCAGUGAACUAGUUGAUGGCAGCAUUCUUGUUUCUUCCCUUGUUGUUCUGGUUUGACAGCACAAAGUGUGGUACUUACUGCUUAGUAUUUGAAUUGUUUAAACCUAACACCAUUGUGGUCUGUCUCAAAGAAACCACAGAGAUGUAUUAAACUGACACAUCCUCUUGAGGAGUGUAGACGCUGCCAACACAGACACCAGAACAAUAAGGUUUGUGUUGGCAGUCUUGUUCGAUGUUUUUGACGGUUUCGUUGCCUGUUGGGUAUUUAGGAUCCAACUGCAGACCAUCCUCUUGAGGAUCUUAGUUCUGUUGUCAUUGGAAGCAUAUACGUUUUCCAGGAUGGAGUAACAGGACUACUUUUGAUCAGAAGUGGAAGAAAUAAAAGUAGCAAUACCCCACAAUAGAAAUACUUUGUUACAAGUAAGAGUCCUGCAUUCAGAAUGAUAUUUAAGUAAAAGUAUUCAAAAUAUACUUAAAGUACAAAAAGGUCAUAGUAUUCUUUAUGCAGAAUGAAACCGUUUCAAAAUAAUGUGUAUUAUAUUAAUGUAUUAUUUAAUAGUUAGUAGUUAAUAAUCUGAAUUUGCAAAGUAACUUGUAACUAAAGCUUUUAAAUAAAUGUGGCAGAGUGAGUAAAAGUAAAA